AUGUCUACAGAAACCGAUCUCCACAAGUUCAUCGAGAAUGUCCAACCACCAACAAUUCCUCCCACCCGCUCCCACGACCCCUCCAACAACCAGAAACGCGCUGAUCCAUUCCAAUUCGGCUCGCGAUACCUAGAAGAUGGCGACAACGUCUUCGAAUUUAAUGCCUGGGACCACGUCGAGCCAGAUGACGAGUUCAAAGCCUUCGCUGAAGUCCAAUACGAGAAGCAACGCGCUGCGCCCGUCUCCGACUUCGACCAAAAUCGUUUCAACAAUGACCCCGCCAAGUGGUGGAAUCUGUUCUACAAGAAUAACACCGAUAACUUCUUCAAGGAUCGCAAGUGGUUGCGUCAGGAGUUCCCUGUCUUGGCGGAGGUGACGAAGAAGGAUGCGGGUCCCCAGGUUGUGUUGGAGGUUGGUGCUGGUGCGGGCAAUACUGCGUUUCCCUUGAUUCGGAACAACGAGAACGAGCAGCUGAAGGUGCAUGCUUGUGACUUCUCCAAGUACGCUGUGCAGGUCAUGCGUGAUAGUGAUCAAUAUGAUCCGAAAUUCAUGGUUGCUGAUGUUUGGGACGCGGCUGCCGUGCCCGAUGAGAAUGGUGACUCUUUGCCGCCUGGUCUGACCGAGGGCUCUGUGGACGUCAUUAUUCUGAUCUUCAUCUUCUCUGCAUUGAACCCGAACCAGUGGGACCUUGCGUUGCGCAACAUCUACCGUCUCUUGAAGCCUGGUGGCCAGGUGCUUUUCCGUGACUAUGGACGUGGAGAUCUGGCGCAGGUGCGCUUCAAGAAAGGUCGCUACAUGCAGGAGAACUUCUACGUUCGUGGUGAUGGUACCCGGGUUUACUUCUUCGACCACGAUGAGCUGGUUCAGAUGUGGGGUCGCUGGACACCGGAGAAGGGCCUGCAGGUUGAUUUGGAGAAUCCUGUUCCGGAGUCUCAGCUUGCGGAGGCUGAUACCGCAUUCCAGGUCAAACAUUUGGGAGCUGAUCGUCGUCUAAUCGUGAACCGUUCCACCAAGCUGAAGAUGUACCGCUGCUGGAUGCAGGGUCAUUUCGUCAAGCGCGGUGAUGCCCUUGCGAAUGCCGAGACUGCUGAAAAUGCCGAGUGA